AAGGAACCCCACAUCUAUACCGCGACAAUGGCUUCUGGAUAUGGACUUGCUGGCGGCCCCUCGCGCUGCUUCCCCUUCUGGCAAGAAGUCCUCGCCUGCUACGUGACCAACACAAACGCCGAGGACGACAGCGGCAAGGCGAAAUGUGUGCCCGUCCUUGAGGACUACUACGAGUGCCUGCACCACAAGAAGGAGGCUGCCCGCACCCUUGCCCUCCAAGCCGCCUACCGCAAAGCCGAAGCAAACAUAAAGCGCGACGACGCGCCCUCAGCCGGUGAGAUACGGAGAUUGGGCGUGCUCGAUGCGCCUCUGGAAGAGAAGAACCUCAAGCCGUCUAAGUGGUUCCCGCACAAGGAGAUCAACUAGACUGUUCCGCCAGAAGACUGGGAGAGGAGCGAGGAGCAGACACCACCGUGUAUAUCAACUGAACAUGAUAAGCUGGACGGUUUGAGAGAUCCAAAUGCAAUGAAUUUCAAUUAUACUUUUCCUGUCCUCAUCCGUAACCGUACAAUGCGGCGUCAUAGCAGCA